UGAACGAAUAUCUGUUGGGGAUGACGUAAAGUUUAAUCUAUAACUAAAACAAAUCAAUUUGAUUAUUCUAGUACACCGAUUAAUAGAUUAUGUUGACUGAAAUUUUCGUUGGAAUUGUUAAAUAUUUAAAUACUUUUUAAAGAUUUACUUCACAGAGUUUGCGUAAAUCAAAAAGGGGUUAGUUACGCACACAGGAUGAUAGAUUUUUGAUUGUUGAAUCAUCUCCGCGUAAUAGCGAUAAAGAAUUUAUUUGGAAGUUAAAAACAACAUUGAUCAUCCGCAAUGAUAAUCUUAAGUUUAACAAACGUCAACUGUCAACAAAAUCUUCAAAUUUCAAAAAUCAUCGCAAAAAACGUUUAAAUCUUGCACAACAACAUAUUUUGGAGAAGAAGAAAUGUGUAAGAUAAUCAUUAAAAAUGGUAUUGAGUACAGAAUGGUCUCAAGUGGAAGUAAUCGAUUUAAUAAAUGACGGGUCGGGGCUCGGUUUUGGUAUUGUGGGCGGCCGGAGCACCGGGGUCGUCGUCAAAUCUAUUCUACCUGGUGGUUUAGCGGAUAAAGACGCUCGACUACAAAGCGGUGAUCAUAUAAUUCAAAUUGGUGAUGUAAAUUUACGAGGGCUUGGAUCUGAGCAGGUCGCGACCGUUUUAAGACAAGCUGGGUCACAGGUAAGAAUGGUCGUUGCCCGGCCCGUUGAUAUAGCCGUCGAUCUAUCCGAUAGUAUCAUCCCUGUGGUUCCUACAAAAGUUUUAACUGAUCCAGAAGAGUUGGAUCGUCAAUUGUUUCAGAACGGUUACCAACAAAUUUGCACAAACAUUGACUUUGAGGCUGAAUUAAUUGAAACUGAGUCAAAUAUAAAUGAAGAUUAUAACGCCUUGAAUAAUUGUUUGGAACGAGAUGACGAUGUUAUUGAAACUAUAACUAGCAAUACAACUCAAUUAGUUAUUACUCCAGUUGAUAUUGAAUUAGCAUUACCAGAAACGGAACGAUUCGCGGUAAAUUUAACAAAAAAUGAGUUUGGUUUGGGGAUAACGAUAGCUGGUUAUGUUUGCGAAAGGGAAGAUUUGAGUGGAAUUUUUGUAAAAAGUAUUGGAGAGGGAAGUGAGGCUUUUAAAUGUGGUAAAAUUCGAUUGAAUGAUAGGAUAAUUGAGGUGGAUGGAUUUUCUUUGCACAAUCUUACUAAUUAUCAAGCUGUGGAAAAAUUGAAACAAUCAGGCGCGAGCGUCGUUUUGACUUUCGAGAGAUAUUUACGUGGACCAAAGUAUGAACAUUUACAAGAGGCUAUUGCCAGUCAAGAAACUAAAGAUUUAAGUCCUCCAUCGCCUUCCGUUACCACAUUGAGUUGGAUUCCUAUAGAUACAGAGGUACCUAUUGAACCGGAAGGUGAAUCCGUCAUAUCAGUAACUAGCGAAAUUUACGAUACAAAUCCUGAAACGAGGGAAAUUUUUGUCGAAGAAGAUUUCGAAUCAGAACCACAACCCGAUUGUGAAACCGUAACAAAGAAAAAGUGGGAAUCCAUAGUUGGACCGGAACGUGAAAUUGUCGUCGCGCAUCUAACGAAGUUAAAAGGCCUCGGAAUUAGCUUGGAGGGUACUGUAGAUGUUGAGGGUGGUGUUGAGUUGCGACCUCAUCACUACAUCAGAUCAAUUUUACCUGAAGGACCUGUUGGACAAAACGGAAAGUUAAUAUCAGGCGACGAACUAUUAGAAGUAAAUGGUCAAAAAUUGCUUGGUAUCAAACAUAUUGAGGUUGUUAAAAUUUUAAAAGAACUGCCAUCUACAGUUCGUUUGGUUUGUGCUCGAAACAAUGUUCAUAAUCGCGGUGUUAUUAAUACAUCACAAGAUCGUGAAGCUUUCGAAGCCCGAAAUAUUUUAGGCGGAUCGUUAAAGAAUUUACUUCCUGAUCAAAAACAACAACCCGAACAACAACAACAACAACAACGAGUUUUAUUAAAAGCUUUAAGUGAUACCAGUAUUAACACGUCGAGUACAACAACAGCGACGAUAACAACCGAUAAUGAAAGCAACAAUAAUUUGCAAAAAUCCAAAUCGCGUUCUUUAGAAGUUAAUAACUUGGCUAUGUGGUCUGAAGAAGUAGAAACGGUAGAUUUAAAAAAAGGCGAUCGAGGACUUGGUUUUUCAAUUUUAGAUUAUCAGGAUCCGAUCGAUUUGAACGCUACCGUUAUCGUUAUUCGUAGUUUGGUACCGAAUGGUCCGGCUGAACAAGAUGGUCGAUUAAAACCCGGCGAUCGAUUGAUUUCAGUAAAUGGAAAGUCAAUUAAAAACGUUACUCUCGACGAAGCGGUUCAGGCGUUGAAAGGUACGUUACCGGGUAUUGUUUAUUUGGGCGUUUCGAAACCUUUACCUACUGGGAGAUCAAACGAACGUACGGCAUAACAUAAAUAAUUUUUUUAAACGGUGAUAAUACAACUUCAAUAUAAGGUUUAAAAAGUUAUUUAAAGAGCAUUUCGUCGCUUAAUUAUUUUUUUAAACUUGUUAUUUUAUGUUUCCAGCGCUAAAAGUACUGAUAUUUUUAUUUUUCAUUUCAUGAGUGAUUGUUACUUAAUCUUCCAGUACACGAGCUUCAGUCAUACGUGGAUUGUAAGUCCGCAAUUACCAAUAGAAACGAUUUCCGGGCGAAAGAUGUCGUUAAUUAAAACUUAAAUAAAUUAAAAUUUAUUAUCCGAAUUUUAUAACUUAACCCAUUUGCAUUGUAGGCUCACAUAUUUGCUGGAACAACUAAAACUAGAACUAACACGAGAUCUAGAACUAGAAAGAUUCGCGUUUAGCCAUGCGUUUUUUUAAGACCGCUAAAUCCGAAGGUUUCUAGUUUUAGUUCAACAGAAAUAUGCAACAAUCUAGUGCUGAAUAACA